AUGGCCGACGGUCGCUUUGAUGACUUGUUGCUGAGCAUGGCGCGACAGCAUUCCAACGUGGAGGAGCUGACGUGGAACUUGUUCAGCUUCUUCGAGCGUCGCACGGACCUCUUCCACGUCAUGGAGCGCUCGAACGAUCGCAUGGGCUUUGGGCCUGGGAUGGCCGAGAAGAUGCUCAUGAAGCACUUCCGAUUUUGCCACCUCCCGAGUCCAGCCAACGAAGAUGCCAACUUGCUGCAGUCGCUGCCAGCUCUGCAGCUGCACCGUGUGCAUAUGUGCCGCAGCACUAUUCAGCCCAUCUCUGUGAUGUGGCGACACAGCACUCCCUCCAGGCACUACAAGAGGAUCUCAGAGUGUGUUGCUGCCGCAGAACACUCUGUCACUGAGGCGCGUAUGUCCGCCAGUGCAGUCCCUUGUGCUAGAGUGCCGCUGCCAACCAUUAGCAUCGAGCCUCCAAAGCUGCUGGUCACGGUGUCGGAUCCAGACUCUGGAAGACGAGUGUCACACAAGAUUUCCCUGGCCUUCUGCGAUGCCAUUCCGUGCCUUCUUACAGGCACCAAUAUAGUCGCUUUAGAUCCGGACUGCAAGCCGGUGACUUUCUUGGAGGGCAAGCUGGGCAUCUUGCUGGCGAAAGCUCCGACCAAGAGCAAGGAUUUGCGGGCCACAAUGACUUGUGGCAACACUGGAGAGGAGAAGUAUGCAGUUGCUUCGCAACUGUGGCUAGUGUAUGCCGAUGAUUGCAGUCCUUUGCAGCUGCAACAAAUUUUACUUGUGAUGAGCUUGCAGGGCGCAAUCUUGCACAACAUCACCCCUAGAUGGCAGAUCGAGCCCAGUCCACUUCGCCAAGGCUUCUAUGGUCUUCUGGUAUCUGGAAAGGCCGUGCUGCCGGUAGAACAGGAGCCUGCCCAGAAUAUUACUAUGAAGGUUCCCGGCAAGGUGCGAGUGGUGGACCUUUACAACGAGGUGAAGUUGUCCGUGAUGGUGAAGGGCCACGAAAAUGUCGUAGACUUCAGGGGCAUCUUCUACAUGGAUGCCAUGGAGUGCAAGCAAGUCUCAGAUAUCCUGAGCCCUGCAGUGGCUUGCAAUAUAGCAACCUAUCACUCAGAGAUUGCGCUUGUCUUCAACAGCAUCGAGGGCCUCUCGCUGCACACGUGGGUGCGAAGUGAAAGAGGGCUGUCGGAAGCCUGCGCUCUCCAUGCGCUGAAGGGGAUCGGAGAAGCACUGAGAUACAUCCACUCGCUGAAGAUUGUCCAUUCCAAUGUCAACCCAGAGAGCAUUUUUAUAAAGAGAGAUGGCGAUUCUGUGCUGGCGGACUUUGGUUUUGCAGUUCAAAUGGCUGACGAGCUUCAGAUUGCGUCGGGCCCUGUCAACGCACGAAGUCUUGCACCGCCAACAUUUUCUGCUCCAGAACAGGUGGGCGAUCAUUGCACUUACGGCAAUUGGGCAGCAGUCAGCGCAGACGGCACAUGA